AUGAAUUCCUACGAUCCACCGUACGGGUUUCCUCUUCGCAGAAAUGGCACCUGCCUUUCCAGUGAAACCAGCUGUGGUCACACAUGGGGGGGGUUCUAUGCCUGCUGCCCGGGCGAUUCGGUUUGCCCAGGGGCUUCACAAUCAAUCUUGAACAAUGUUUGCUGUCCAACCGAAUCCGACUGUACUGCACCACUUAAAGCGACUCCGCACUGCGCAAAUGAUACCUGGAUAAUGUUCAAUCACACUGGAUUCUUCUGCUGUUUGCCAGAGCAAACAGGGUUCUGGACAGAUAGUCCCCAAGAUGCUGUUGGCUGCUCCGAUGGGGCGCCCACAGAGCGCGGGGAAACAAUCUUGAAUACAGAGACUCAGAGUCACGCCUCUGCUACCAGCAGCGCUUCUACCGAAUCCACAUCCACAAGUUCUCUACCCGCCGCAACAACGACCUCAGCCUCCGACUCAUCGAACAGCUCUUCCUCGAGUAACCAUGCUGGGGCCAUUGCAGGAGGCGUCGUUGGUGGCGUUGCCGGAGUCGCAUUGAUCGUUGCCCUUCUUUGGUACUUCUUCCUGCGUGGCCGAAAACAAUCUCAGCAGCCGCCAGCUGGGGAAAUGGCUGUUCCCAUGGCCGGCACUCAGAAUCCACCCAAGCCCCCGGCCGAACUGGAAGCCCAGAAAAUACAACAUGAGCUAGAAAGCGGGAUGGACCAACCAGUUCAUGAAUUGCCAGCCAACCACUACUAA